UCCUUUGUCCUCCUUGUCGACAGAGGUCGCUGUGGGCAAGCAGAAACCUGCUGGUCUGCCGGCCUUUCCGGCCUUCCUUGCACGGAGAAAGCUCUUCCGUCGCCUCGCGUGUCUGAGGCGUGUUUGUUUGUUCCGAAAUUGAGAGUGGUCUUCUCGGUCGCUUGUUCGCUUCCCUCGACCAUGAAGCCGAGAAAAAAUACCAAACGGGUUCCAAGCUUCCGCAAGUUGUUGAAAACGAGUAAAAUAAAACUUGACAACAAAUUAAAAAAUAAACAGUUCAAGCAGCAGAGUACUGCUAAGAAAUACCGAAAAGAACAAAGGAAACUCCGACAAGCUGUCAAAGAUGUUGUGUCUAGGACACCGGUGCCUUUGGAGGACAAUAAGAAAAAGUAUCCAGAAAGGGAGGAGGAAGAAGAAGAAAUUCUCCCUCUUGAUAUGAUGGAUGAAGAUGAUGUGAAAUUAAUGGAGGAGCUUGCUCAAAAGGCAUCUUUUAUAACAAGAGACCUGUCUUCCAAUGAACCUGUCCAUGCCAAGAAACGUAAGAAUGAGAGUGUGAUUGAGAAGUAUGAGAAGAAGCCAAGGCGCAUGCAGACUGAGUCUGAAAAAGAACUUAUUUAUCUGCUUCCCAUCAAAGAUAAAUGUGGAAUUAUUCCACAGACCAUGGAAAAGCCAGUUGCCAGUAUUGAAGGGGAAGAGGAGGAUGCAGCAGAAGAGAUGAAAAUGGCACACGCCCUUGAAGAACCAUUGCCUGUUCUCACUGCUGAAGAGCUGUUAGUUCAUAGGAAAAGGAAGCUACAAGAGAAAAAGAUACACAUAGCUGCCUUAGGAUCUGCCAUCUUGUCUUAUCCAGAAAAUAAUAUAAAGAAGCUGAAAGAGUUACGUGCAAUGUUAAUGGAACAAGAUCCCAAUGUGGCUGUGAUUGUGCGGAAGCUGGUGAUGAUUUCUCUGAUGGAACUAUUCAAAGAUAUUACUCCAUCUUACAAAAUCAGGCCUUUAACUGAGAGAGAGAAAAACACAAAGGUUAGAAAAGAAACUCAGAAAUUAAGAGAAUUUGAAGAAGGUCUUGUGAGCCAAUACAAGUUUUAUUUAGAAAAUCUGGAGCAAUCUGUGAAAGACUGGAAGCAAAGAAAGCUGAAGAAAAGCAAUGUGAUUUCACUGAAAGCGUACAAAGGCCUUGCGGAGAUUGCUGUGAAGUGCUUGUGUGAGCUGUUGGUGGCCCUGCCUCACUUCAACUUCCACAAUAAUAUUAUUGUACUGGUUGUACCACUCAUGAAUGAUACUGCAAAACAGAUUUCUAAAAUGUGCUGUGAUGCAGUAAAGAGCCUCUUCAAGCAGGAUAAGCUUGGAUUUGCCUCACUUGGUGUGGUGAAGGUAAUUUCUGGCCUUGUGAAAAGCCACAAUUAUGAUGUUAGAUCUGAGGUGUUAAUGACAUUACUUCACCUAAGAAUUAAGGAAGUAGAAGUAAAAAAAGAUGCAGAAGACAUCACACCAAAGAAGAGGUUCAUGUCUUAUAAAGAAAAAAGGAAAAAUCUAUCAAGGAUGCAAAGAAAGUGGAAGAAAGCAGAAGAGAAACUAGAACGAGAACUCUUAGAAGCAGAAGCCUCAGAGAGUGCGGAGAAAAAACUGAAGCUGCACACAGAAACCUUGAAUAUUAUAUUUUUAACUUACUUCCGAAUACUGAAAAAAGCACAGAAGUCUCCCCUUUUGCCUGCUGUUUUGGAAGGUCUUGCAAAGUUUGCCCACCUCAUAAACCUGGAAUUUUUUGAUGACCUUUUGCUUGUUCUCCAUUCUCUUAUUGUAUCAGGGGUGUUAAACCACAGGGAGAGCCUGCACUGUAUUCUUUCUGCUUUUCGCAUUUUGUCUGGUCAAGGUGAUGUCCUUAACAUUGAUCCUUUGAAGUUCUACACACACCUUUAUAAGACACUACUUAAACUACAUGCAGGUGCUACGAAUGAAGAUGUGGCAAUAGUGUUGCAAUGCCUUGAUGUGAUGCUCACCAAACGUAGGAAACAGGUGUCCCAGCAGAGGGCUCUUGCUUUCAUAAAGCGCCUCUCCACAGUAGCUCUUCAUGUCCUACCAGACUCCUGCAUUGGAAUUUUGGCAACCAACAGAACGUUAAUGCAUACUUUCCCGAAGACAGACCUUCUCCUAGACAAUGAAUCUCAAGGGAGUGGACUUUACCUUCCUGAGCUAGAAGAACCAGAGUACUGUAAUGCUCAGAAUACAGCAGUGUGGGAAUUGCAUACUCUGCGGAGGCAUUACCAUCCAGUUGUUAAGAAAUUUGCAGCUCAUCUUGUUGCUGGUGCCCCGGCAGAAGGGUCCGAAUCUCUUGAGCAUGAAUUUAGCCGGAGAUCACCUACAGAACUUUUUGAGGCCUACAGUAUGAAAAGUAUGAAUUUUCAUCCUCAAGUUGCAUCUGUAGCACCCAGGAAAAAGUGCAGGAACCAGAGGCAUCCUUUGCCUUCCUAGCAGAAUCUUCUACCGGUUAGAUUGACCAAAACAAUACUGGACCAUAACAACAACAACGACUGAGACAAAACUACAUUGUAUUUGCCAGCAUUUGAACAUCAUUUUACAAAUGUGGCAAUAAUAUUUAACUGGACUGGUUAUAGUUCCAAUGCUUUAUAAAUUCUUGACCAGCAACAUGCUGAUAAAUCUAUUAAGAAUAAAAUUACCAAAGAAGCAGGUACAACAUUUCCAGAAGGAUUUUCUUCCAUUCUUCGACUGUUAAUAAACAAACUUGAGAUUUCUAGUGCUUCGUUGUGCAGGCUUCGUAGCUGCAGAUGUCUGUAUCCUUAAAGAAUAUAAUGGAAGAUGGAAACUAGUCAAAUGGACUGUACAAUCAUAGGUUAUGUACUUUGCAAAGUCAAAUGUAACAGCCAUUUACUAUGCCUGAACUGUAAGAGGGCUGUCAUUUCCUCUUUCAUGGAAGAUGUGUUGGCCCUUUGUGAGUAGACAAGGGUUUGUGAGUAAACAUCAGGAGAUCCUGCUUUUUUGGUCUGACCUACAGCUCCUCAAGCUGCAUUGAAGGCUACUAUAAAAGCACCUGUGAGAAAGACUUGUCAAGUAGCACCAGGACCUACUUGUGGAAAGAACCGUCUCAGUGCCCACUGUAGAAGCUUGCAACUGCCUCUUCUUGGUGACUUGCCUGAAUUUUUCCAGAAGCAUUAUGAGACACUACUUUAACUAUCUGGGCUGGUUUUUGCUAGCUGACUGGGAUUAUGAUGGCAUAGGGGGAAACAUGGGGAAGUUUGAAUACAUUGCUUGCUUUAUAUAUUUAAACGUAUUGUUAAUAUGCUUGAAACAUGUUGUAUUAGGUGGGCAAAAAACCUGAA